GCAGUUCGCAGGGAAAGCACGGGAUGAAUGGGAUGGUGUAUUCUACUUAUCGUCACAGCGCCCAAGAGUAAGGCAGAGUGAGUUCCUAGCCUGACUUGCAGCCGGCUGUCCUUGCUGAAGAACAUGCCGAGCCGAGCUUAGUGCAGCCCUAGGAGUGACUUGGGAGGACCCCACUGCUUUACCUAGAGGAUACUCAUUUUUUGUUCCUUGAAAAAUGCAUCACGCAGUUAAGGUGUGGUUUGGAGAUGAUCUCCCAUUAAGUUCAAGAAGCCCGCUUACGCCAAGACACGGGCCAGGUCUUGCUGAUGUUUCCCAGUAUGAUCAAUGGUUGUCUGUGCGCCAUGAAGCCACUUUGAUACCUAUGCAGGAAGACCUUGCAAUCUGGCUAACUGGCUUGAUAGGAGUAGAAGUUAAAGGUGAACGUUUUAUGAAGGAUCUUGACAAUGGUGUGCUGCUCUGUCAGCUGACCCAUGUCGUCCAAAACACAAUGAGACAGUGCUGCACAGCAGAGGAACUAAAGGGUUUUCCAAUGAGGCGGGUUCCUUGUAGAAAAGACGCUCCUUCAGGGUCUUUCUUUGCCCGUGACAAUACAGCAAACUUUCUACGCUGGUGCAGGAACAUUGGGGUGGAUCAUGCGUACCUUUUUGAAUCUGAAGGUUUAGUUUUACAUAAAGAUCCCAGACAGGUGUGCCUGUGUCUUCUAGAUGUUGGCCGGAUAGUAUCCAGGUAUGGCGUUGAGCCUCCAGUGCUGGUAAAAUUAGAAAAAGAAAUUGAACUGGAAGAAACCUUAAUAAUGGAGUCUGGACCUUUAACCCCUGUAGAUAUCCCGAAAUCGUGUUGUCACCGUGAGCUCCAUGAGGCUGUGAAACACAUUGCAGAAGACCUGCCCUGUAACUGCUCAAAUAGAUUCUCAAUAGAGUAUUUAUCUGAAGGUCGAUAUCGGUUGGGUGAUAAAAUUCUUUUCAUAAGGAUGUUGCAUGGAAAACAUGUUAUGGUCCGUGUUGGUGGAGGUUGGGAUACUCUUCAAGGUUUCUUACUGAAAUUUGACCCUUGCCGAGUUUUGCAGUUUACAACCCUAGAGCAAAAAAUUUUACAAUUCCAGAAAGGAGGACAAAGUGAAAAUAUGCCCUUGCCAUCCAGCCGAACUCCACAGCCACCUGUGAUGAACCCUUUAUCGGCAAUCAGCGCUUCUGGAAAGCCAAACUCCAGACCUGCUACUCCAAUAAUCUCUUCUAAUAGUAGCCACAGAAGCAGACCAUCACCUGCUUUGCUGCCUCAAAGGGGAAUGAAACAGACCGCAACCCCAACUACAGUGAUGCAUUCUAAAGGCCAAACUACUCCGAGAAAAGGUUCUCCAUUGUUUGUGGAGCCUCAAAGAAAGGUUGCAAAAAAGUCAAGUUCUCCAACGCAAACGGGCAAUUCCUCGCCUGAGAGCAAAAUUUCACAAAAUAAUCACUCUGCUAAAAACUCCAGCACAUCUAGUCAAUCUAGAACUGAAGUUUCUGUUCCUGGGAAGAAAAAUAUAGUGUCACAAUAUUCUUCAGCAAACUUGUUACAGCGUAAAGUUACAGCUAUGCAGGUUCAGCCCCCUAAAACAUCCUCCACACAAGUGACACAUCACAAACCACAGCCAAAAAAUGGCUCUGGUUCUCAACUGCAAUUAAAAGGAACUACAAACUCACAGAAGCCAAAUACUACUACACAUACUAAAACUGGCCAUUUAAGUGCCAAAAGAAAAGAAAAUGAACCAAAUUCAAAAUAUCAAACCAGAACUCAAACUUCUCCAGCAGCUUCACAGUCCUCUAAAGACCUGAAAACAAAUAAGAAAUCCGAGAUGCCCAACACCAAGUUAAUGGAUAGGAAGCCAUUUGUCGUAUCUUCCAGGUUGCCUACAAAAAUGCCAACAUUCCCUUAUACUUCUCAAUCUGCAAAGAACUUGCCACCUCCUCGACCAAACAACUCAUCUAAGAGUAAUGUUAAAGAUGUUCAAAAUGGGAAAAGUGACCUGAAAAAGGUGGCAGCUGAUAAAACGACUGUUUCUGGACGUACUCCUUUGGCAGUGGUCAGGGUUCCUCAGUCUGCAAUUAAAACACAGGCUAAGCCAAGGGCAAAGCAACCCACAAAAUCACAGCCUUUUGGAGGCAGGGAGCUAAAAAAUGACAAUGCACAGGCCAAUGAAGCUUCUAAGACUAUGGUUUUAAAGACCAAAUUGGCAUCCAAUAAGGCGCCUCUUGGUUUCACAAAAGAAAAAGUCUCCAAAGUGAAAAAGCAAGAUCAACCUGCGAAGGGUAAAGAAAAGUAGUGAAGGUAUUGAAAACAAAAACUGUACAGAUCAAACACUCCAUUUUGCAAAUGGGACACUACUACUACACAAGUCUGUGUUUGGUGACUGAAAAGUGGUGGCUGUCCUGCUGCUGCCUAAUUUUAACUCUUGAUGUGCUCUUAUAGUAUCUGGGAGCAGACGUUAGGGGUGCUUCCCAGGGAAGUGCAAUAGCUUUUAUACGUUCAUAAGAAGGUUAUGCUCACCUGUUUUUUUUUUUUAUUUGUAUAUUGGUUCCUAUUUGAUCUUAUUGGAGAUUGGCUGGGAUUUUUCCGCUUAAACCAAGCUGCUAAGCAGGCAGUCAUGUUUUUACACGCAUGCCAUUUUGCAACUUUUAAACUGGAACACUACCCAAAGAUUUUUGUGUAUUGGAAAUAUUGAACAAACCUUAUUUUUAACCAAAUAGAUCA